AUGUCGAACAUACAAGAGUUUGAGCAAAUCAUUGCUAAUAUUCUCUCUCAUGAUAACAAUGUGAGAAAUCAUGCGGAACAACUAUUCAAUGCUUCCAAGUCAAACCCUGAUUUUUGUGUGGGUUCUUUACUUCAUCUCCUCCGUCAUUCUCAACACAUACAUGUGAGAAGUCUUGCUUGUGUGCUUUUGAGAAAAGUCAUCACAAAGACUGAUGACAGCCUCUACGAAUCUCUCACUCCACAAACACAACAACUGGUGAAAACAGAGUUACUUCAAGCUUUGGCACAAGAAACAGUGAGCCACAUUAGAAGCAAACUCGUUUAUACAUUAUCCGGAUUUGUUUCUGGCCUCAUUGAGGAUAAUCAGUAUCCUGAAUUUCUUCCUACAAUUUUCAACUGGGCCAUUGACCCAAAUCCAUUGCUUCGUAGUAGUGCCAUGCGUAUUUUCAAUCAACUUGCAACAUACUUGUUGGAUAGAGGGUUAGACCCAUAUCUUCAACAAAUUCACCAACUUCUCAGUGCUUGCUUACAAGAUAAGGAUCCACAGGUUCAAAUUGAUGCCUUUGAAGCUCUGUGUUCUGUGGUAAAUGUGAUUGAAAAACCUAAAACUCCUGCCUUUGCAACUUGCAUUCCUCAACUUUUGAACAUUUUGGCCACUCAACUCAACGACAACAACACUCAAAAUGCUUCAAGUUGUAUUGAAAUGUUGAUUGAGGUGGUUGUGAGUCAAACAAGCUUCUUUAAACAAUAUGCUUCUGCAGUUGUACAAGCCAUGUACCAAGUUGCAAGUACAACCCAAAUUGAAGACGGUGUUAGACAUUUGGCCAUCGAGUUCAUGGUUUCAUUUUCCGAGGCUUCUCCAGGAACUGUCAGAAGAAUUCCAAAUUUCAUUGAGAAUUUAUUACCUUUAUGUAUGAAUCUUAUGCUGGAUAUCGAACAUGAUGAAAACGAGUGGUCGAGCACUUAUGAAGACAACGACACUGAGUUGUCGAAUUACGAUGUUGGAUUGGAGUCUUUAGAUAGAUUAGCUUUGUCCGGAGUGAACCCAGAACAGGUGGCCACUGUUGCCUUCAAGUAUAUUCCAGACUUUAUCAAUAACCAAAACGAUUGGAAAUAUAGACACACUGGAAUUAUGGCUAUUUCACAAACUGCCGAGGGAUGUAAUGAGCAAUACGGAAAGUAUUUGAAUGAAAUUGUUCAAAUGGUUGUUGGUAGACUUCAAGAUCCACAUCCUCGUGUUAGAUACGCAGCUAUUCACUGUGCUGCUCAAUUAUCUACAGAUUUCGCUGGAACUAUUCAAUCCAAGUUCCAUCAAUUGGUCGUUCCUGCUUUACUUCAAGGAAUGAGUGACAGUUAUGCCAAAGUUCAAUCCCAUGCAGCAACAGCUAUUGUCAACUUUGUUGAAGAUUGCGAGAAUGUUUAUGUUCAACCCUAUCUUGAUAGUAUUCUUUCCAAGUUGUUAGAUUUAUUGAAGACUGGCCGAAGAUAUGUCCAAGAACAAUCUCUUUCCGCUAUUUCUGCUGUUGCAGAUUGUGCAGAACAUCUUUUCAUCAAAUAUUACGAUUAUAUUAUGCCUUUCUUGAAAGAAAUUUUGUUGCAUGGUACUGGUAAGCAAGAGCGUGUGCUGAGAUCUCGUGCAAUUGAGUGUGUCAGUUUAAUUGGCGUUGCUGUCGGAAAAGAAAAGUUUAGUCCUGACGCCAGACAAAUCAUGGAAGUUUUGAUUAAUACUCAACAACAAACUCAAGACAGUGACGAUCCAAUUGUUCAACAUUUGCAUCAAGCUUACACAAGAAUUGCAAAAUGUUUGGGUGAAGAUUUCAUCCCAUAUCUUAACUUUACUAUUCCACCACUGUUGAAAUCAGCAGCCAUUGAGCCUGAUAUCACCAUUUCUGAUGUUGACAGCGCAGGAGAUGCUACUGAAGAGGAAGGAAUGGAGUCAGUCACACUCUCAAUUAAGGGAGUUGGAGAUAAGGUUAUUAGCAUUAGAACAUCAACAUUGGAGGAAAAGCAUUUAGCAUGUUCAUGCCUCUAUUCCUAUGUCGUUGUUUUGAAGGAUGCCAUGUUGCCUUAUGUUAAAGAUAUCACUGAUAUUAUGGUACCACUUUUAAAGUUCCCAUACAUGGAAGACAUCAGAGACACAAGUGCAACUAUUAUGCCCAAGUUAAUCAAAGCAGUUAAAAUUGCCGUACAAAAGGGUAAAGCGCAACCACAAACUUUGAAAGGGCUUUUGGAUUUCAUUUUGUUACACAUUUUACCUGCUUUAAAGGUUGAGCCAGAUGUAAAGACCGCCACUGCAUUGACCGAGUCCUUGAAUGAUUGUGUUGUUGAAGUUGGUGAAAAUAGUAUGAAUGCAGAUCAAGUUACUCUUGCCUGUGAAGUUCUCAAGGUUGCUUUACUCCAUUCCUUAUCAAGAAAGCAAGCAAUUAUGGCAGAAAUUGAUCAUGAAGACGAUGAUGAAGAACAACUUCGACUAGAUGCUGACUGUGAAGCAGAAGAACAAUUCAUGACAACAGUUGCUGAAUUUGUUGGAUCAAUGAUGAAGAUUCAAAAACAAUUCAUAUGGGGACCUUUCAAAGAACAUUUAUGGGACACAUAUAGAGUUGUUUUAGAAGCAGAUUAUUCUGACGAAGAGCAUAGAAUUGCCUUGUGUGUUCUUUGUGAUUUUGUGGAGCAAGGUGAAAGACAUUUUAUGGAGAUGUUUGAAUAUAUUAUUCAAUGCUUUUUGGCUUAUGCACCUUCGGAUAAUCCAGAGGUGAGACAGGCAGCAGUUUACGGACUAGGCGCUUGUGCUAAGUUUGCAGAUGCCUCUUUUGAUUCAUAUGUUGAAAAAGUAGUACCAAUGUUAACACAACAAAUUCAAAGAGAAGAUGCCACCUACCCAGAUAGUUUACCUGCUACCUGUAACGCAGUGAGUGCUUUAUUCAAAUGCUUGGAAUUCAGAGCACCUAAAUUAGGUAAUCGAAUCGAUGAUCUUUUACGGUUCUGGUUUAGCGCUUUGCCUGUUGGUGGUGAUUUUAUUGAGGCUAAAAUUGUUCACGAAAAACUGGUUAAUCUCGUCAAGCAAGGUAAUGCAGUGGUGCUAGGAAACAUUGAUCAUCUAAUUGGAGUAUUUUCAACGAUUGUAGGAACGGACGCUGUUACACCUGAAACUCAAGCAGACAUUGUCGAGAUCGUCAAGCAACUGAACCCCCAGCUCGUCCAACAAGCACUCGGCAAACUUCCUCAAGAAAACUCCAGCAAAUUGAUUGCUCUUUGUCAAAGCAAGUAA